AUGGCCUCGGAGCGGUCUGUGUGUCCGUCCCUGGAUGAAGCACCUCCCUUCUCGGUGCCCUUCAAACCGUACAUGUGGAACAGCCUGGGUGGCUCUGAGCUGAGGCACCUUGUGCAAAGCUACAGGCCUUGCCCGACGCUGGAGCGAACCUCAGCUCUGGGUCUCUUCUGCGAGCGAGGCUCCGAGCCUGCCCUCUACGGUGCAGAGUGUAGCUCUUCCCUUGGACUUUAUGGUGACUUUGGUUCCCCGGGCCCGGGGCUGUUUGAGCGGCCGCCGGCAGCAGCACCCGGACUCUAUGGUGAGGCGCAGCCUGGGCUGCAGCAAGAGAAGGGGCCGGGUGGCAUCAAAGUGGAGUCGGACCUCUUGUGCCGCCCAUUGCUCAUCAGCACGGGCUCUUAUAAGUGUGUCAAGUGCAGCAAGGUCUUCUCCACACCGCACGGCCUUGAGGUACAUGUGCGCCGCUCACACAGUGGCACGAGGCCCUUUGCCUGUGACAUGUGUGGCAAGACCUUCGGCCAUGCAGUCAGCCUGGAGCAGCACAAGGCCGUGCACUCACAGGAACGCAGCUUUGAUUGUAAGAUUUGUGGCAAGAGUUUUAAGAGAUCUUCUACUCUGUCCACCCACCUGCUCAUCCACUCGGACACCCGGCCCUAUCCGUGCCAGUACUGUGGGAAGCGGUUCCAUCAGAAAUCUGAUAUGAAGAAACACACCUUCAUUCACACAGGUGAGAAGCCUCACAAGUGCCAGGUGUGUGGAAAAGCCUUUAGUCAGAGCUCCAACCUCAUCACCCACAGUCGGAAGCACACAGGCUUCAAGCCCUUUGGCUGCGAUCUGUGUGGCAAAGGCUUCCAACGAAAGGUGGAUUUACGGAGACACCGGGAGACACAGCACGGCCUGAAAUGAGUCACAGCUGCAAUACAGAAAACACCUACAACACUAUAAGAACAGACUCUCUUGGCUUCCCCACUGGACCCGAGCCCUGUCCUGAGCACAAACCCUGGCAUUACCUUUCUGACGAGGAGCUUGGAGAGGAAAGAAGAGGACAGGGCCAUGCAUUGACAGCUCAACCUGAAUGACUGUGAAAGCAGAAAUUAAAGGCUGGGGUUUCUCUCUUUCUCUCCCUUUCUCUGUUUCUGAAAUAACACUGGAAAAUAAGCAUUUUAGAUAUGAAGCCUGAUACUUCAAAGUUGGAUAAGCUACCAAAUAUCUGUAAGCUGGAAAAUAUUUCUCCCAUGGCCAAGAUGAACCCCCUGAAAUUUUCAGUAGCUUCAAUC